AUGGCCAUCAUCGAAGAAGUCCCCGAGACGCCCAUCGUUAUCGACAGCAACGAGGCCCCCGUCGAGGCCUUCCUGGGUCUCUCUCGCGAGCAGUGCCAUAUCCUCUUGGCCCUCUACCAUGUCGUCGACCCCUCCCUCGAACCCGCAGUCCCCACCCUCUUCCCAGAAAUGGCCCGCAAGUUUGGUGAGGACCGCAAGGAGCGCAACUCUGUCAGCAAGAAGCUCGAGCGUGCCCCCGAGGUCUACUCCCAGGAAGUUCUCAACCUGCAGGAGAUCCAGAAGGCCGUCUUUGUGGCGUUGAUGGAGACGGACAUGGAUUUGAACAAGGCGCGCGAGUAUCUGAAGUUGGAUGGGAGCAAGAAGAUGGAGGACAUGACUAUCCAGGAGGUGUUGUCGAAUGGGUUCUUGUUGGGUGGUAUGCGUGAUGAUUCGAAUGCUCCCGAGGGUAAGAAGUCGUCGCCUUUGUCGUCGCCCAACUUCCGGGAGGCCAAGAAGUUUUAUGAUUAUGCGUUCGACAAGUUCAAGUUCACGAUGGCUGCUGUCCAGUUGGGAUCGUUCUACUUGCACGAGUUCAAGGAGUGCCAAGGAGAGAACUGUCUGGAGGGCGAGGAUCCUGAGCAGGUCUCGUUGGAGUACUACCUCAAGGCUGCCGAGGAGGGUAAUCCCAUGGCGAUGCACAAGGCUGCAUGGCACUUUGACCAGAAGGGUGAUUGGCACAAGGCCAUCGAGUGGUACGUCAAGGCCGCCGACUACGGUUACCCGGAUUCGGCUCACAACCUCGGCAUGAUCUACCAGGAGGGUAGCCCCAAGGCAGUCCCCAAGAUUGAUGUCGAUCUGCCCCUGGCAAUCGAAUACUACACCCGCGGUCUCCACUACGAAUACGCAGCCUCAGGCACCCAGCUCGGAAAGCUCUUCUUCACCAUGGCAACCGACAAGAGCUUGCGCGACCAGCUCCCCGAAUCCGACCGCUCGUACUCGUCCGACCCCAAGGAGUACCUCCACACCGCCAUGUCCUACCUCAACAAGGCUGCUGCUUUCGCCGAGUGGGAAUCGAUCCAGUUGUUGGGCAUGAUUUACGGAUCCAAGGAGUUUGGACUCUAUGAUCUUGACCGUGCCCAGAACCUGUUCGAGUUGGCCUUGAUUACUUCUAACGGCGGUGCCCAGUCGUUCGAGUUCUUGGCCCGUACCUUGAGCGCCAAGAGGACUAUCAUCGCGGAGCAGCUUGCUGCACAGGAGGGUGCUAGCGGUUCUUCCUCGGUCAAGCAGGAUGUAGAUCCUUCCGGAUUGAAGACCUGUGCGGCCAAGGAGUGUGAGAACAAGGAGACCAAGAAGGAUGAGUUCCAGAGAUGUGCUGGUUGCAAAAAGCGAUUCUACUGCUCACGCUUGUGCCAGGUCAACGACUGGAAGAAGGGACACAAGGCCAACUGCAAAAAGUAA